AUGUCCUUCCAAAAUAUUGGAGUAGUUUUGGAUACGGGAUCCCAGUACACUAAAGCAGGGUUUGCUGGUGAACCAUCACCUAGGUGUGUCAUACCCACUGCAGUAGGAAGGUUUCGUCGUGCAGGCCUUAUUGAUGGUAUUCCUCUGGUUUACUGUGGCGAUGAAGCUAUAAGAAUGCAAGGUAUAUCGAAUUUAACCUUUCCGGUGAAAGAAGGCCUGAUCGCAGAUUGGGAUGAGAUGGAGAAGUUCUGGCAUUAUAUUUUUUAUAAGGGGCUUCAUGUCCCUCCCGAAGAGGCUCAUAUUAUGCAUUCUGUGCAUUCCUUGGUUCCACGCAAGGAUAAAGAGCGGAUGGCAGAAAUUUUGUUCGAGGCUUUUGCAAUCCAAGGGUUGUAUCUAGCAAAGGCCCCUGUCCUGGCCCUCAAUGCCAGCGGGAGAACUUCUGGAGUGGUUUGGGAGAGUGGAUACUCCAGCUCCAACAUAACACCGGUGUUCGAAGGAUUCCCAUUAAAACAUGCUACUAUCACGUCACCGUUGACUGGACAGAAAUUGACCGAUCGCUUACAAAAAUUAAUGGCUGAAACCGGGUAUUCAUUCACCACUCCAAUCGAAAGGAAAUUACUUGAUCGCAUUAAGGCAGAAAUGUGUUAUGUCGCUUUAGACUAUGCAGCUGAAUUGGAAAAGUUUUCGUCCACCGGAGAAAAUAAGACUCGUUUUGAUUUGCCCGACGGCCAGCACGUUCUACUGAGCGAAGAACGCUUCAAAUGCCCCGAAGUUCUGUUCAAGCCAUCUCUCGAAGGCUUAGACUGCCCUAGCAUCCCCGAGAUCAUAUGCUCCAGUAUCGAUAAGUGUGAUAUAGACUACAGGACUAUGUUCUACGAAAACAUUGUUGUUUCUGGUGGAACAAGCAUGUUUUCGGGUCUAAUAGAACGCUUGGGCAUAGAAAUGAGAAAACGAGUUGCGAAACAGCCAGAUGUAAAGACGUCUAUCGACGCGAUGUCUUUGAGGCAGAACUGUGUGUGGACCGGAGGCUCUAUUAUGGCCUCUAUGGAUAACUUGAAAGGUUUUUGGUUGAGUAAGGAAGAGUAUGGGGACGCUGGGCCGGAAUCUGUCAAUUACAAAUUCUUCUAAAGAUAAACGCCUUUGGCGGGCAGCCAGACGAUCGAUUCUCGGCAGAGACAAGUGUGUUUGUCUGAGAUCCAGAUUUGCUCAUUUUCGCCGAGUCAGCUUUGCUCUACCGCUACUAAAUCGGACACAUUAGCAGCGCAUCGAGUAGAGAAUUCGCCAUUCAGAGUUUUAUUAAUGUUUGUAUAUUAUUUUCCCUCACUAAAC